AUGGAUGCGAUUCAGCCUCUCGCCUCCCACCCACCCACCGCCGCCGACCUCGAAGCCCGCAUACCACGAGACCACACCUCAAGGAUCAACAUUCUCUCGCCAAAGGCCCAGGGAACUGCCGAGUCGGGCUGGGCGGAUAACGCGCCAACCUUCGGGCGCGUCAAAACCCUGGUCCCCGUCACGGAGCGACGGUCGCAGGAAGAGAACGUGUACACAUGGAGGAUACGGAAGGACCAGGAUUCCGACAAGGUGGAUAUCGCCCCGGACGGGAACUCGGCGGGUCGCGAAGGCAGGCAGUUUACUGUCGCGAACGUUGGUCACAAUGGACGCAUAUAUCUCAGGUGCGUUUUUGUGGAUUGGGGCGAACAACGCACCGCUGGCUUGGACGCUCUAGUCACCGAAAAGAAGCAGAAGGAUGAGCCGAGCGGAGCAUCCUUUAGCAACGCGUGGGAGUCGACUCCCGCCCCUUCUCUUGACACCGAGUUGGGUCCAAUGUCGAGCAUCCAGCCUCAGACUCGGCGUCGAGCUGUUUCCGACUCAACGAUUCGCGAAGCACCGACGUCAAGCGCGGUCAGGGAAAUGGAUGAUGGCGCUUUCAAAGUCGUCAUUUCGAAGCCCGCCGAUGACCCCCGGCCGAAAACGACCGAGGACUCCCGACCCUCACCUCCCCUCCUCCGAAUGCCCUACCGCUCUACUUACAUCUCCACGCAUCUCGUCAUUGAUUCCUCAAUGUUUGAUAGCCUCACCUUCAAACCCGCCUGCGACGACCGGGCUAUGGUGAGGUAUUCUCCUAGUACAGGCACCGUCACUGCCGCUACACCCCCUCGCCUCGUAGCCGAAAUCACCUCCCCUACCUUUCUCGAUUACGAACUCAUUUCCGACUUCUUCCUCACCUUUCGCUCCUUUCUCGAGCCCCUGGACUUGGUUCGUAUGCUCUUUGCACGUCUCAGGUGGGCUAUUGACCGGGCCGACGAGACCGGCAUGGUUGUUAGGGUACGGACCUUUGUCGCCCUGCGCCACUGGAUCCUCAACUACUUUGUCGACGACUUUGUGGUCGAGUAUUCGCUGCGUGUUGCUUUUUGUAACCUGCUCAAUGAUCUGGUGAGCGAUGUCUCUCAGGAUGCGGAGAAUAGCAGGAUCCAUCUCAAGAUUUUGUCUGAGCUCAAAAGUGCUGGAGGCGAGUUUGCGCCCAGUUUUGGGACGGCUUCGACGUGGACUCGCCCGGCGGCGACUCCCCGUUGCACCUGGAGGAAUCGCCGGGCACAGGGAUCGAACCUUGAUCCCUCCCACUGGGAGUCCGACGAGCCGCUGCCCUUGGAUCUCGCCUUGAUGUCGACCCAGUCCAUGGAAGAUUCGGGAACUGCGACGCCUCGGGGCAUCCUAGCUGGUAGCCCCCAUGGGGCUGCCCACCCCGUACCCUUGAACCCGACAUUCAGCAGCACCGGGCUUGUCGCUAUUACUCCCAAGGCGCUAGUUGGCAAGCGAGUGCGCCAGGGCCACAAGCGCAAUGGUAGCAUCACGGAUUCGCUACGCGAACACAGCGUUGACAAGUUGAGUUUUAAGGACACCGUCGAAACUACCCUAACGGUGCCUUAUGCCGGUAGCCUAGUCAGGGGCGACUUGCUCCCUCCGGGGCAGGCCUUUGUCGACAUCGCUUCGCCUUCCACCAUGGGCGAUUCCCAGCGCGAGACCACAGUCCUUCGACUUGACCCGGACCACGGUGAGAAGGAACGGUUUGGUGCUUCAGCCAUGUCUGGUCAGGGUAUGCGCAGACUUAUUGGGAGCGUUCGGAGGGCUUUGAGUACGAGAGGUCAGGGCAUGCCUGUCACCCACGGCAACUUCAUCAAUAUCUCACCUAUCGGUCCUCGGGGUGCCACCACCAACCGCCUACCCGGCACUGCCAUAGUCCCCCAGGCUGCUCGCCCGCGUCGGAACGGUACCCGGCCCCCUGUUCGAAUCGAUCUGCUCGGUGCUGAGAUUGCGGAAGACUUCAAGAAGGCGGUCCGUGAGGAUGCUGCGGCGGAGGCGGCGCAGAGGGCGCUGACCACCCCCAUGCUUGGUAGCGCGCUUCAGCCCGAGGCGGAGGGUGUCGAAUACUCGACUGCGCACCUCGAUAACUCGUUCGACGACCUUCCCAAGCUUUCUGACCAGCGGCCGCAAAGCGAGAUGGCCAUCACGACCGGCAGCAAGUCCAUCGUAAUCGUGGACGAUACGGCGUUCGAUAUGCCUACCAUGCACGGCGCGCUUCCGGUGAUGAACCCCUCUCUUGAGGCCUUUGCCAAUACUUUUGCCUCCAACGCCGGCGACCCUACCCCGCCAACAACCCCUCCUGGCCGACCGAUCGGAACUCCUCGGCGAUCCUCUUUCCUCCUCAACCAGCAUUUGACUCGCGCCUCUUUAUCCUCCGAUCCCCUACCGCCGUUCAUCCCCGACAUGGCUACGCUCGGCUGGGGUCGAAGCUCCACAAGCCGUCACUCGCAUCUAACCUCGUACCCGUCGAUGAUGGAGCAGUCGAUCCAUGUCGGCAUGUAUCCCUCUAGCAGCCCCCGCCAACGGUCCAAGAGAUUCCACAGCCGUCAGCAGUCGAGCAGGACGAUUGGUUCGGUCAACUCCAUCCUUCACAGGCGACACAACUCGUUUCACAGCAGUACCGCCCGGCCGCUCACGAUCCGAAGCUUCGACGCGACGACCCAGUCGGAGGGUUCGAUCAUGGAUAGCUCCGAAGUGAUGCCGCCCCCUCUCCGCGUCCUUCGCAGGAGGCCCGGUGGAAAUCUCGGUGCCGUCGCCACCGUCGGGGAGUUGGCGGCUCCACUCAGGCGCUCGCGCUCCGUGGGUUCGUUGACGGCGUACUCGGAAUCCCUGCAUAGCUCUUUCGUGCAGCGUCGCGGGUCGAGCGGGUACGCCAACGUGACCUCGAACGACUUUUCGCAGCAGGGCCACAGCGAUACCUUCUCCCUCGGUGCUAUCGCAGAGCAGCGCCCCAACAGGCAGCUUUCUCUAUUUAGCACGCAUUCCUCGAAGCCCAUCAUGCGGCCAUCCUUCGAAGCCGAAGCGCGGAAGCUAGCUCAGAUUCCCGAUGACGUGGACGAUGAUGGCGGCGUAGAAUCCGCGCUCCUGAAGCUCGAGGGCAAGUACGAGAAAAAGGCGAGGCCGCCGGCGUCGCCGCGGCCGAGGCUGGAAGACAUUGGCAAGGCUCUAGGGGACCCUAUCGCCGCCCAGGAAGAACGAAAGGAGCGGCGCCACCUGGAAAUUCUGGGUGGAGACGACGGCGUGCUCAACCACCGGCUCAGCGGCAUCCCCGAGCCAUCCUCCGAUGUGCACAACAGCUUCUUGGUGCCGCCGGAGCGCCCACUCACAGACGAAUGGGCGGAUAUCUCGAUCCUUCGUGGGGCCGACGACGAAUCGCCCUACGAAAGCGAGCGGGAAAACGGCGAGGAUACGGAAACGAGGCGUCGGCAAACGUCGUUUGACAUGAUUGACGAAACCGAUUCCAUGAGGCGAAUUAAAGCGGCCGAGAUCUCUCGGCCUGCGGGACCCGUCGAUAACGAACGGCAGGAUGAUGAUGUCGAUACCUCUUUCCUAGACGACGCGAGCGACGCAGGCGCUUCGGACAUCUCGUCAGAGCUGUCGGAGUCACCCGACGCGGAUGGCUACGCGCUAGGUUCGACCGGCUUGGUGUCGCCACGCCGCGGAUUUAUCUUCGCCAAGGGCAUGCUCUCUCCGCCGCUCGAGCAGUCGACCAACGUCGCCGAAAUCCUCCCGUUAUCUCCAGAAGCCGCCAAUGUCCCUCGACUUCACGAGCACCAGGUGUGGGAGCGGAAACCGCUGACGCCCGACACGACGCCCACGGCGCUCUGCCGCUCAAGGUCACCUAGCGACCCAUCCGGGACAGCAAGCAUGCACGACGCCGAGCUCAGUCGCAAAUACUCGGCACACCUUCCUUUCAUCCUAGCGUUUGACUCGGAGAUCCUUGCUCAACAGUUUACGCUCAUCGAGAAGGACGCGCUCAACGAGAUUGAUUGGAAGGAGCUCAUCGACAUGGAGUGGAAGAAUGCGACGAAUAACGACUCGCGAUCGUGGGUCGACUUCCUUCGCAACACGGACGCGCGCGGGGUGGAGGUAGUCAUUGCACGCUUCAACAUCAUGGUCAAGUGGACCAUCUCGGAGAUUGUCCUCACGCAAGACAUUGAGGAGCGAGCUCGCUGCCUAGUCAAAUUCAUUCACAUCGCUUCCCACAGCCGUCGCUACUGCAACUUUGCCACGAUGGCGCAAAUCGUCAUCGCGCUCUCGAGCCAGGAGGUGACGCGGCUCUCGCGCACCUGGGCGCUCGUACCGGCGCGGGACCUGCGGACGUUUCAGGACCUCGAGCAGCUCGUGCUGCCCACGCGCAACUUUUACGCGCUCCGCGCCGAGAUGGAGGGGUGCCGGCACCGGCGGCCCUCGGAGAUUGCCAGCUCGCCCACAACCGCGCCGCUCGUCAAUUUUGAGAGGUGCCGGUGCUCGGCCAGCGUGGUCAAGACGUUGUUGAGACUUCUGGAGGAGAGCACGAUGUACGAUUUCCAACCCAUCGAGGGCAUUACCGAGCGAUGCUUGUGGAUGAGUGCCCUUACGGAUGAGCAGAUUCGCCGGCAUUCGGAGAGUCUCGAGUGA